UUCUCUCUCUUAGGGUUUUCUAAACCCGCUCUUACUCUUUUUCAUUCUCUCUCUUCACAGAAUCAAAGCAAUGGAUGAUCUAUACUCCGUAUGAGGUCCGUGAUUUUGUUACUCAGUGGCACAUCUACUUCGUUCCUUCAAACCACCUGUGUUUAUUAUGUAAAUCUAGAUUGUUUGCUUGUUGCUGGUGGAGUUUUUGUCGAAAUCGGUAAUAGAUCUACCUCGUUCCAGCUAACCACUUGUGUUUAUUACAUAGAUCUGGGUUGUUCGCUUGCUAUUGGUGGAGUUUUUGUCUCUGACUCUCUGUUGAACUUCUCACAUCGUAAAGAGAUGGUUUCACUUGAUGAAGUUGAUAGUCGGAUAAAUUUGUAUCAAAUUGAUGGUGUUAAUGAUUGUGUGGAGAAUGGUGCUAAGACUGAUGGAUUGAUUGCCCCAAUAGUAGGAAUGUUAUUUUAAGAUGUGGUUCAUUGUGUUUUAUCUUUUUGUUGGCAUAAUUUUUAGUCGUUAUGUCUUUCAUUGUGAGACUUUAUCAAUGGGUAUACCCAUUUUCUAUCAAGUCUUACUGUUAUCAUGGCAGUGAUUUAAUACAUUAUGUUUUUGACAGUGUAUUUGGUCCCCAGAUGUUAUUGCAUUACGAAAUACCAGUGUAUUUGGU